AUGUCCUUCUUCGUAUAUCUGCUUUUAAUAGCAGUUGCCCUUUUCGUUGCAUGGUGUCGUCGCACCUACACCUAUUGGAAACGCCAUGACAUACCGUAUGUAAAACCCUUGCCCCUAAUUGGCACUCUUAAAGAUGUCUUUCGAAUGGAGAAAAAUGUUGCCCUACACAUUGCCGAUAUGUACAAUUAUCGGAGUAUGGAAAAGGAACCCGUUGUGGGUAUUUAUGUACUACAUCAACCGGCAUUGGUCAUACGAGAACCGUUGCUCAUUAAAUCUGUACUAAUUAAGGAGUUUUAUAAUUUCCAUGAUCGCUACUGUCGCAUCGAUGAGAGUGUCGAUCGUUUUGGUUCGUUGAAUUUGUUCUUUGCCAAAUAUGAGAUAUGGCGUGAUAUGCGCAAGAAAUUGGCACCCACAUUUACCAAUGGAAAAUUGAAGUUGAUGUUUCCACUGCUCACAGAGAUAGGUGAUGAAUUGGAAAAAUAUUUACUGAAAAAAGGUGACAACUUUGUAGCCGAAAUUAAAGCUAUUUGUGGUCUCUUCACCACCGAUGCCAUUGCCUCGACCGGCUAUGGCAUACAAGUUGGAAGCUUUCAAAAUCCCUACAGUGAAUUUGCUUCGCAAAAUUACAACAAUCAUCAAAAUAUACCAGCUCAUGAACAUUUUGUAAUGUUCCUGCUGCCAAAACUCUCGAAACAUAUACGGGCGACAAUGUUUCGUAAAAAGUAUGACACAUUUUUAAGAUCCUGUCUCAAGCACGUAAUGGAUGAACGGAUAAAAUCAGGCCAGGAGCGAAAUGAUUUAAUUGACACAUUGAUACGCCUGGUGAAGGAGGCCCGAGCAAAUAAAGAAAUUCGUGAUAAGGAUCUUUAUAUUGAUGCCAUAUUGGCACAGGGGGCUGUUUUCAUUGUGGCCGGUUAUGAAACAUCGUUGUCGGCCAUAGCCUUUACCCUCUAUCAAUUGGCCAAAUAUCCUGAUUUGCAGCGAAAAUUACGCAGGGAAAUCGAAAAGGUGUUGAUUGCGGGCAAGGGUGAGGUUAGUUAUGAUGCUCUUAAGUCCAUGGAGUAUUUGGAAAUGGUAAUGAGAGAAAGUUUACGUUUGUACCCUGCGGUGGCAUUUUUGGAACGCAAACAUAAUGCAAGAGAUCAGGAAUUUUCCCUGAAGCCCUAUCAUGAUUUUACAAUACCAAAUGGUAUGCCAAUAUUUAUAUCGAAUUAUGCCAUACAUCGGGAUCCCUUGUAUUGGCCAAAUCCCGAGGUGUUUGAUCCUGAACGUUUUUCACCCCAAAAUAAGGAGGGUAUAUCCCCAUAUGCCUAUUUACCAUUCGGUUUGGGACCUCGCAGUUGUAUGGGCGGCCGUUUGGGGCUGUUGAUUUCUAAAGUUGGGGUUUUAUAUUUCCUUAAAAACUACAAAAUACGUCACUGCCCCCAGACGGUGGAGAGAAUGUCUUUCAAUCCAAAUAUGCUGACGUUAGAAUGUAAGGAUGACAUAAAUUUGGAGUUUAUAAAAGAUCCGUUGUGGAAAUAGAUUGAAAUUUGAAUAAAAACA